AUGCUUGGAAGACGUUAUGGAAUACCAAAUUCCCUCCACAUUUCCACAGAUAGUCGAAACGAAGCGGAAUGCACCGGGUCACCACAUUCUCGUGAGUGUUCUCACAGAGUAAAUAUGAUGCAGUACCUUCGGACCGAUCCAGCACUACCUUAUCGAGAUUCCAUUAUAAAUGGCAGCAGAAAGGAAGCAGCACUAUCACCGCAAAGCUUAUUCUCUUAUGAUGGUGAAUACAUAUCUCCCAGUCCGACGAAGUUUCAAGAGAGCGCAAAGGAUACUUGUUUGACAGAACUCUCCGGGGAGAGUAAUUUUCAUGAACUUCCGGAUAGCAGCCUGUUGCCAGAACUUCCUGAAGACAGUCUGACUCAUGAUCAGUCAACUCCAGUCGCAGGUCAUAGCUUUCUUAACAACCAAAAGCGAAUAUCGUCCACUUUACGAGCCAUCGUGUCUCCAAGUUCCGCAUCCAACGGUCGUUUCCAAUCUCUUGACACACCUGAAGCAGGCUCAACAUCCAUCAAAGAGUUUCCAUCCGUUCAUGGUGAUCAAGCUGGCUAUAGGACCCCAUGGUACAUCGGAACUCAAGAGUCAACUCCUAGUGCUGGCCAUUGCCUGUCCGAUACUCUUGACUUUGGUAACCCUGCAGAGGCUGGAAUGGUCGAUAUAACCGCUGAGAUACGAGUCCAGAUGGAUGCAGCGUAUCUGUCGCCAGAUUCUUCGAUCUCCAUGCCUCUCCAAUCUCCCAGAUUUCGUGGAUCAAUGUGCCCUGCGAUUCAGACGGACGUGAGAAAGUUCGAAAGUAACGUUGAGGCCAUUCAAUAUCAAGGGCGGCUACUUGAAGAUUCGCCUCGGAUUUCGUCACCAGAUACUGCCAGUACGAAUACUAGCGGUGAAACAUUUACAAGCGAUUCGGGCUACGGCCCAAGAGCCCCCCAAUCCGACUAUACUUCUGCAACCAGCCCGAGAAGUCUUUUUUCAGGAGACGAACGUUUAGGGUUUGAGAAUGCAUUUUUCAUUAAAGCUGGGCAGCUAGUAAGCCCAUCAGAAUUUCGUCACGAAAGGUACUUUGACCAAAGUUCCAGUCUGCAAUCAAAACAACCAAUUGAUUUCAAUGCAUUUGGCCCUGCGACUAUUCUGUCUGAGCUCGAUGAUUUAUGCAGAGAUCAACACAUGCAAGCUUCAUAUCUUCCUGAUUUUAAAGAAAACAUUUUCGAUUCUGGGGAGAUGGGAGUUAUUAACAAUUCUUUAUCCGCAUACAUGGCACAAAAUGUCACAGAUAUUGAUCAAAGAUUUCCAAACCACUUCUCUACCGACGAUACUGCUCAAUACGUACAAUCCACAAUUCAACGCGGAUUUGGCUGCUUGAAAAAUAUCAUACCCGGAGCGGAAGAUUGUGAGACGACCGACGCUGCUACUUUCAGUGCGGCCAUGGAGACUGAAAAUCAAUACGUUCCAAAUAUCUUUGAAACUUACGAAGAGAAAUAUGCAUCUCCGUGGUCUGCGGAAAACAUCCGAGGAUUUAACAAGAAUUUUAAUUUUGCGACCAUACCCGAGACCCAAUUGCCAAUAGAAGAAGAACAAACAAGGACAUCCACUUACGACAGUCCAUCCCCAAAAUCUGACAACAAGGUCAUGAAGUGUUCUUACCCAGGCUGCAAUUAUGAGCCGAGCGGAGAAGACCAAUGGAAAUCAGGCAAUCUAAGAAGACAUGAGAAAGAACAUAAGAUAACUCUUAAGGAUCGGAUCGUUUGCAAGAUGAAGGACUGUAAAGCGACAUUUACAAGAGCAGGAAACCGCGAUGCUCACUUAGAGAAUAUGCAUGGUGCUGUAAUUCUUAGACAAAAGCGAAAUCGAAGAAACUCAAUGGCGGAAAAUACCAAGAGGCCAAGAGCCGGUAGCAGAAUUACAAAAGCACCACGAAAAAUCGGCGGAUUGACAAGCAGACCUAAACAGAAUCGAUCACAAUCAGUUCCCGAGCUUUUGAAAAAUACUGAAUUCUGA